CCAGGCCUUUUAUAUGCACAUCUGUAGCGUCGCUGCCAUUUUCAAGAGUGAAGAAAGAGCACUUAAAAAUCAGAACUUUUUUUUUUUGUGUGGAUUAGCAUUUUUCAUCUCAUUUUCUUUGAUUUCCCCCUUUUUCUUAACACCCCUUUUCUUGGAUCCCAUUCUGUAAUUAUCUCUCUUUCAAAUUUUGAUCAAUUUUUUCAGGGUUCGUUCUUGUUGAAAAAAAAUCACAUCACAAACGAAGAAACUAAUUUUAGAAAGACCGGCGUGUUCUUGAAAGCCAGGUGGUUCAGAAUAGAGAUCAGUAUAAGCUUAAUUUCUCUGUUCUUUUGUUAUUACAGUAAAAAGGUAUUUGUUUGAUCAAAAUAGCUAAAAGGGUUUUCUUUUCUAUCCCUUUUGGGUUGAUUUAGGUUUCUUGAAUUAAUUUAUAUUAAUAGAUUCAAAGGUGUCAAAAGGGGUGUUUAUUUGAAGCCUCUUUGAUUCUUUGAUUGUGCAGGAAGCUUGUUGUUUUUCCGAUCUGUUUCAUUUUUCUUGUAUAAAUUUGAGAAAAUAUCAUGGCAGCAGCUACAGAUACAUUCAAUUCUAGUGGCAGUCGUAUUUUCUCAUCAGAUCUGUUAAAUGAGGAGUUCAUUCAAGUACUUGAUCCUUUUAUGAAAAGUGCUUCACCAAAUCCCUCAAGUUCUUCUACUUGUUCUUCUAAUUUUUACCCUUUUGGAUCUUCUUGUUCUUCAAUCUGUUCUGAAUCCAAUUUGAAUCCUGAUUUUGGCCAAAUCCCGUUGAAACCCCAGAUGUUUUCUCCGGUUUUUUCGAGUUUUAACCAAAUGGAUGAUCUUAAUCACCUCACACCAUCACAGUUUAUGCAAUUCCAGGCUCAAUUCCAAUUCAAACAGCAGCAAUUGAUGCCUCAGGGAAACUCAUUUACGCGGUUUCUUAGCCCAAAACCUGUCCCAAUGAAGAAAGCUGUGAUUCCCGUGAAGGCUGCGAAGCUUUACCGGGGAGUAAGACAGAGGCACUGGGGCAAAUGGGUAGCUGAAAUUAGACUUCCAAGGAAUAGAACCAGGCUUUGGCUUGGAACUUUUGACACGUCUGAACAGGCGGCCUUGGCUUAUGAUAAGGCUGCAUAUAAACUGAGAGGAGAGUUUGCAAGACUCAAUUUUCCUAAUCUUAGGCAUCAAUUAUGCGGGUUCAAGUCGCUGCAGUCUUCCAUUGACGCAAAACUACAAGCCAUAUGUGAAAAUUUGGCCAAUUCACCGAAACAGGGGAAGAGUUCAGGGAAGGCCCGUUCUGUUUCGAAUCGAAAGAGUAAAGUUUUAAACCAAACAGGCGACGAGAAGACCAAAAAUGUUAUGAACGAUUCAUUGAAUGGAGGAUUUGGUGUUGACCGUAUCCCGGUUGAGGCCUCCUCAUCAUUGUCGUCCCCAUUGGAUGAAGGGUCGGCAUCACCUGAAUCCGAUAUCACCUUUCUGGAUUUCUUGGAGCCAUCAUCCAAUGAAUUCGAUAACUUUGUGUUGCAGCAGCACCCUUCAGUGGAGAUAGACUGGGCAGCCUUAUAACAUAGUACUUAUGUUUUCGUUAUUUUCUUUAGUUUGCUUGGUUUUUGUGUGAAAUUUGGUUUUAGUUUGGUGUUUUAGUUUGGUGUCAAUUGAGGCCUUUGCGAUGGAGUUUUUGACAUUUGCUAAGGCCCUUAAGGGUGUGGAAUAGUUUAUGUUGUUAUGGAUAGUCUAAAAUCUCUUCAUCUUGAUCAGCUGGUGCUUUUUAUUUCUAGCCUGAUGAUGAGAGACAUUGUGCAUUUCUUGAAUGUAAUUACAGUCUAUGAAUGUAUUUCAGUUUCUCUGUGAAUAAUAAAUCAUGGUGUGUUUCGUUGUA